UGGUAUGUUCGAUUGGAACCCUAGAGCAACGAAGAACGUAAAUAUCAAGCCCAUAGUUUAGUCCGGACAAGAUGAAGAAGGUGUUGAAAGUUACAAUCUGCCCUCAUCCCACCACCUUCUAAGCUUGGGGCUUCAUCCAUGAAGGUCGUCAGUGAAACAUGCUUUUAUCGCGACUACACAAAUGGCUCAGUUCACAAAAACGGAAACGAAAGUACCCAGUAGAAGAACUAGGGUCCAGGUGUUCCCAGGAAAAAAUGUCUAACUUAUCUAAACAGUUGGAGAGACUCCCGACCAUGUUUGUCAAGGACUGUGGCUACAUUCCAGUAGUACUCACGAAUGCCGCAUCAAUUAUAGAGAAAAAUCUAAAGGUCAAGGAUCUUUUUCAGACACAGGGAGUCGCUGCUCGAGUGAAUCAAACAAUUUCUCAACUCAACGCUACUCGGGUAUCUAGGGUUAAGAAUGCAACAGUGCAUGACGUCAUAGAAGCUAUGAAAACAUUUCUCGUCCACCUGCCGGAACCUUUACUGCCGGAGAAUGUCUGCGAUUCUUUGAUCACAGCAUGCUGUGAUGACGUCAAGUACAGCGCAGUCUUGGCUGAGUUCCAUCGUGUGUCUCCACACAACUUCGCCAUCGUCCUCUUUAUGAUGAGGUUGUUAAAGAAGGUCUCCCAGCACGCUGACCAGAACAGCAUGGACGUCAGGAAACUGGCAACAAUUUUCGUCCUUGACGUCAUCAAUCCCAUGAAGCUGGAGGAUCCCAGUCACGGAGCUUAUCUAGUGGAGAGAAUGCAGAAGCUGCCAUAUUUAAUCAUGGUCGUGGAGAAUCUCAUCAGCAACGUUGAGACAGUCGUCAGUCAUAUCAAAGGUGCAAGUUCUCCAUCCAGAGGUUCCGGUCUACAGACGCCAGUCCUGAACACGCAGAGCGUAGAGAGCGAGCAUGGCGAGACGCUGGAAGCAGGCAGUGCUAGCAUCAGGCAGGUGGGCAGUGCUAGCAUCAGGCAGGUGGGCAGUGCUAGCAUCAGGCAGGUGGCCAGUGCUAGCAUCAGGCAGGUGGGCAGUGCUAGCAUCAGGCAGGUGGGCAGUGCUAGCAUCAGGCAGGUGGCUCACGAUGACAUGAAGCUCGAGCACUGGAGCACAAAAUACAAGCCCUGUCGAGUGGCCAGCGAUAGCUCUGACGUCAGACAUACAUCCGGCAGCGAGAGGCGGGCGACCUCUCCAGCAAGACAGUCAGCCGAGAAACCGUCCAACACGUCACAUCAACGAUUCAAGUCUCCGGCCGCCAGGAAAAAACCACUGACCCAAACAGCAGCUAGCUUGACCCCAAACCAAAGCUACGUCAUGAAACCCCCACGGUCGGCGGAUCAAAAAAUGAUUGUAAAAACCAAAACCAGCCACGGUCCAUCGAGUAAAGCGAAAAAGAAACGAAAAAAUCGUGCAGCGAAGAAGAAGCUCAAGUGUGAGUCGUCAGUUCGCUGUAACAGCCGGGAGUCCGACUACACGACCUUUCAACCCGAGGAGGAGAUCACACCUUGGACUGAUGGAGCUACCAACAGUGACGACACCAGCCUCAUGGCCAAAACUAUUCGUAACCCGCGCGUCUUGCUCGUGGAGAAGAAAGAUGACGUCACGCGCACCCAGAGUACUUGUUUCAAAUCCCAGUCUCCCACAGAAUCUCUCAAGCGAGCUAAGCGAGGUGUUCUUGAAAUAAAAGGCGUGGUCAUUUCCACCAAAGUUACAAAGGAGAAACAAAUCGUCUCUAACGUGACGGACGUGACGUUAUCAGAACUGAGGAGACCCCAUGUCAGACCAAACCACGAGACUCAGUGCACCGAUGCCACGUCUGGCAAUGAUAAUUCCAAUCCCUACCACCAGAAGAGCAGCACGGGGCAGCAGACGUCCCCCGUUGAAUUCAAGGCCGCACCAGCAGACGAGAGCAGGCGACUCUCCCACAGCGCUAGUCUCACGCCAUCUCAGGACGGCUCGUCCGUCUGCUCGCACAAAGACCCCAGUCAAAAGGUCAAAGUCACUGUCAGGGCCAACCGAUCCUGCCGCCCCCAGCUGGUCAACAGGGCCGUGGAUGUGCAGGUGCAGGAGAGUGAGUCUAGAAAUACACUGAGCGAGUGGCUAGUGGACAUAUUCCUCGUGUCUUUAACUCUGCUGUGUACUUGUCUGGUCUUCUAUUGCCACCAAUCCAACCGACCUCUGGAUGGCUGGAUCACUAAUUAAAGCUCUCAACAAACA